AUGGUACUAGCUGGGGACGCUGUACUCGUGCACGAUAAAAUGGUAAAGGAUAUGGAAAAGGAAAAUGGUAAAGGUGUACCUUUAUGGGCUGAGAAAUCUGAACCUAAUGCCACUAAUGACAACACUGGAGAGGUCAGGAGGGAAUUGCCAAUAGUAGUAGAGCCUCGAGGUAGUAGCAUUAAUGCUUCUUUGGAUUCUUUCACCCAAAUGAUGGCGGCUAUAACAAAGAUGAUAAAGAAUGCUCAGACCCAAGCUGAAGGCAGUGGAGGCACUGUUAUGGAUAAGAAUUUAAAGUUAUUCCAGUAUAUGAAGCCCCCAUCAUUUGUGGGAGGUGAAGCUAUAGAAGCAGAGGAUUGGUUAAUGAAAGUUGAGAAGAUUUUGGAGGGAAUGCUAUGCCCUCAGGAUAGAAGGGUUGCCUUAGCUGCAUAUGCUUUUAAUGGGGAAGCAGAAAGAUGGUGGAAAAGUCAGUUGGAAGGAACUUUUGGUGGGAGACCUAGCAACCAAAUAACAUGGGAGGAGUUUGUCAAAGUGUUUAGAGAUUGGUAUGCCUCCCAUCUAAUCCCUAAUGCAGAAGAGAAAUGCCACCGCUUCCUUUGUGGCUUGAGGGAUAGCAUAAGACAGCCAUUGGUUCCUUUGGGUAUUGAAGACUACUCUACAUUAGUUGAUAGAGCACGAAAGGUUGAGCUGGAUUAUCAGAGUACUCAGAGGAGAAGAGAUUUUCAGAAAAGGAAGAAUUCUGAAGAGGAUAUUCAAAGCAACCAGACUGAGGGAUCAAAUGGGAAGAAGCCCAAGUUUAGUUCUAGUGGAGGCAGUGGUGCAACUGUAAGUAAAGUCACUGAACCUUGUGCUAAGUGUGGCAGAUUACAUAAAGGUGAAUGUCUGAUUGGUUCCAACACUUGUUAUUGGUGUCAUCAGCCUGGACACAUUGCAAAAUAUUGUCCUGCUUUGACUCAGAAGACUUCAGGAGGAAUGAGAUCAAUUGAAGCACCUUCACAGAGGAAUUAUGAAAAGUCCAAGAUGAUAGAACCAUCAGUUGCGGGUUCAAUGCAAAAUCAAUCCAGGCAGAAUGUUAGACCACGAGUUUACAGUUUGACUCAGCAAGAGCCCGAUGGAUCUUUAGAUGCUGACAAUGACAAUUGA